UUUAAUUUAAUUUUUAUUUUAAAUAUAAAAAUAAAAAUAAAAACAAAAAUAAAAUAUAAAUAAAUAAAAAUAAUUAAAUAAUAAUAUGUAUAUAUAUAAAUCUUUUUAGUCUAUUAUAGCAUAUUAUUUUUUUAUUUUUAAUUUUUAUUAUAAUAAUAAAUUUUAAUAAACCCAAUAUUAAUAAUAAAAAUAAACUAAAGGCAAUAACAAUAAACAAUAAAUAAUAUUAUCUUAUUUAUAUAAUAUUAAAUAUAACUAUUUUUUAUUUUAUUUUUAUUUUCGAUCCCCAAUGUUUGAAUCACAUUUAAAUGAUUUAAUAGAAAAUACUAUGAAUGAUGAAAAUGCAAAUAUUUACAAGACGUCAAAGAAAAUCGAACAUUCAAGAGGUGGUUUAAAAGAUUUAAUAGUACAUCCAAGUAGUGGUAGUGGAAGUGGUUCACCUAAAACAAAUAUUUCAACACCAACAAGUAAUAAUAGCAGUGGAAGUAGUACACCUAAAACAAGUAUUUCAACAGUAUCUUCACAUCAAUCAGUUGCUAAAACUGCGAAUUCUUCAUCAAUUAAAUCAACUCAGAUAAAAAGCCAAUCAUUAAGAGAGGUUUUAGAGGAAUGGAGAUCAGAGUUUUAUCCAAAUUUAACCUAUGAUGAUUUCAAUGAAAAUUUAAAACCGGUUAAUAAUAAUUUAGCAAACAAAUCAAAAAAGAAUGGCGAUGAUAUAGACACCGACGAAGAUGAAGAGGAUGAGGUUAGUGAUAAUGAAAGUACCAGCAGCAGUAGCAGUGGCAGUAGCAGUAGCAGCAAUAGUACCAAGGGCAAUGAUUAUAACGGAAAUAUUAAUUAUCACGAAUAUUUAGAAAACAAUAAUAUGCUCGGUGGUUUUAGGUUGGAAGAAAAUAAUGAAAACGAAGAAAAAGAAGAGAAUGAAGAAAUUGAUCAAGAGUCAGCAGAUAGUCUUGAGGAAUCAACAAACCAAACAUUACAAAAUUCAAGUUUAUUAGAGCAAAGAGUCAAACAAUGGAUGAAAGAUAUUCAUUUCGAUAUAGACCAAUCAUCUAAAAUUUUUUUAAAUCAAUUACCUCCACAAAUUUUCGAAUCACCUCAAUUAGGUUCUAUUGGAAGUGAUUUACCAAUGACUCCUUCAACAAAAGAAUCACCAAAUCCAAACUCAAACUCAAAAAAUCAAUUUGAUUUAUGGAGAGAAAAUUUUAACAAGUCCAUGGAUGAAAAAAUGUUAGAAAAGAAAAGGACAAAUAAAAUAACAAUCACUUCAAAUAAACAAUAAUAAAAGUUUUUUAAGAAAUAAAAGAGU